AUGGCUGUCCCAGUUGGUAACCUCCUCCGCAAACUCAAAGAAUGUAUUAGCCAUGAAUCCAAUUUGCUAAUAGCCGUCCACCUAGAGCAGAUCAAGAAAGUGUUCGAGCGGGUAAAACCUUAUCUCCGUGAUGCAGAGUGGAAGAGAGAUCUCCAUGACACGGAAUGGAGAAGAAAUGUCAACAAUCAAGAAGAAUUAAAGAUAAAGAAAUAUGAAAAAAUCUCAAGGUGGGUUUCACAAAUUGCGGCUCUGGCUGUAGAAGUUGAAGAAAUCAUUGUUACCUAUGAUUUGUAUUUGUUCGAUAAGAAUACUUCUGGUUCUCUAUUUAGCAAAUUUCUUUCUUCGCGUUUUCUCAUCGUGGGCAAGGAUACCUUGUCAACCAAGAUUCAGCAGUUUUUGUCCAGAAGCCACCAACAGACCAACUCUAUUAUUAAUGGGAACGGGUUUCAUUCAUCACAUCAAAUGCGGAGCCACAGACAUAUAUCAUCAGAAAAUAAUGUGUCAGUGGUAAGAAAUUUGACUCUUCCUUCUAAUCGUGCCUGUCCUACCGACUCUACCACCAGUUGGCACAAGCACCUGUUUGGAAUGGACUCGUUGGAACUGUUGGGACAGUUCUCAGAGAAGGCGACCAAGGAAAUGCAGAGACUCAUCUGGGAAGCAUUAAAUAUGAAUCUUGUCAGAAUCACCCACGUGCAAGCUGCUGCUACUACAGUGCCGGCACAUGAUUCAAGAAGGGCCACGCAAAUGAUUCUUGAGACUUCAAUUUUAGGGCGGCAGGAGGAAGUAAGCAAGCUCGAGAGUUGGUUGAUGGUCGAGGAAGAGCAAAGUGAUCCUGUGAUCAUCAGUGUGACGGGAGUUGGGGGAAUUGGCAAGACCACCAUAGCAGCAGCUGUUUAUGAGAGCAUGAGACAUCAUUUCAAUUGUCAUGCUUGGGCCUCUGUAUUUCAAAGUCCAACCACAAGCCUAUUGCAAGAUGUGCUGAGAGGGAUUCUCAAAAGCAUGUCCAUGAUGGCUCCUAGGAAUAUUGAUGCAAUGAACGAUGCAUCUCUGAGAGAGAUGAUCCGCAGCCGCUUGGUUGGGAAGAAGUUCCUGCUGGUGUUGGACGAUGUUAUGAAAAAAGAUGAAUGGGAAUAUGUAAAGAGUGCUUUGCCUCAAGACUGCCAAGCAAAGAUUCUCCUCACAUCCGGAACAAAUUUACAGUACUUACCUGAUUGCAAAUAUGCAAUUCAUAUCCCGCGGCUAACACCACAAAAUGCUUUCAAUCUACUCCAGAAGCGCGUGUGCUUGCAACAGACCACGUUUUGGCCUUCUGUAGUCAAAUCAGAAGCAGAAGAAAUUUUGGGGAUAUGCAAGGGUAUCCCGCUUGCCAUUGCUACUAUUGGAGGGCUUCUCUCAACAAAGCAGAUGGAAACCAAAGAAUGGACCAUAGUCCGCCACAUGCUUUCGCAGGCUCACUUCACACCUCUAUGCUAUUCUGAUCUUCACGCGGUGCUCAAGAGCUGCUUCUUGUAUGCUGCAUUGUUCCCCUUGAAUUCUGAGAUCCCAUGUAAGAGACUGCAGCAGCUGUGGAUAGCAGAGGGCUUUGUGCAAGCAAGGGCUACCAUGACCGCGGAGGAGGCUGCCAGACUUCAAAUGGAAGAGCUCAUCUGGAGGAACAUGAUUCAAAUGGCUCAGGUGGGCUUGGAUGGAGAGGUAGAAACAUGUCGUGUCCUAAGACCGAUGCGAGAAUUUGCCCUAAAAAGGUCUGAACAAGAUAAAUUCAGCAGUUCUCUGCUUGACAGAAGUGGGAAUGCCCUACAGCCAGAGAGGCCCCACCACCUUUCCUUAAGUGCUGAAAGCAGCAGCAUUCCCAUAACUGAAGUGGACAAGCUAAACCUGAGCGGAAUGUAUUCUCUACUUUUAUUCAAGGGAUACAAACACCAGCCUCUCUUCAUCACAUCAGUAAGCAGCUUCAGGCUGCUUUCUGUGUUGGAAAUUCAACAUCUUACCAGAGACGACCUGCCAGAUUCAGUCGGAGAUCUUGGUUUGUUGCGGUAUUUGGGGUUGAGGGGUACAAAGCUUAAAAAGCUACCCACGUCCCUCAAGAAACUGCAAAGAUUACAGACUCUAGACAUCAGAGACACAUUCAUCAGGGACUUGCCCGACGGUUUAGAAGGCAUGAAAAUGCUGAGGCAUCUUCUUCUUGCAGGGUCUUUUGGUGAUAAAGUUGUGAACUUAGUCGUGGCGAUUGAGGUUUUUAAAGAUCUCCAAACACUCGCUGGAGUUGGAGUUACUGAAGGUAUCACAAAGGGACUACAUCAUCUUCCUCAACUCCAAAAAUUAUCAGUGGGUGAGGUUAAAAGCUGCCACUCAGUAACCCUCUUUGAGUCCAUUGAUCAUAUGAAAUUCCUCCGCUCCUUGACAAUAAAAUGUGCGCCUGAGGAACAUAUUGACAUGAUUUCCUGCAAUCCCCUUGAGAACCUAGAAAAGCUGAGAAUUGGAGGCCCAAUUGAUAAUUUACUAGCUUGGAUUGAGAAGCUUCAUUCCCUCAAAUAUCUGUAUUUGUGGGACUGUCUGCUAAUGAAAGAUCCCCUCUCAGCUCUCCAGCACUUGCCCAGCCUAGUUCUUCUCUCAUUGUGCAAUGCCUACAACGGAAAGGAGAUACAGUUUGGCACAAGGGCUUUUCUUAAGCUAAAGAAACUAUCAAUUCUCCGUUGUAAAAAACUCGAAAGAUGGACAGCGAUGAAAGACGGAGCAAUGGGGAAGCUUCAAACGCUAACCAUUGCUUAUUGUCCCAAUUUUACUAGGCUUCCUAGAGGCCUCGGAGAACUCACUUCUCUCCAAGCAUUGCAGGUAGCAGACAUGCCUGCGCACUUCAUCAAAGAGGCAAGGGAUAUUCAAUCAACCUCAACUUCAAAGUUCUCACUUCUUGUCAGAGAGACAACUCAGCUUUCUGCUUAUACAGAUGCCAAGCCAGGCCACAAGAUGUUGCCCAUAUCAAUGUUUGCUCACCUCAUGAGAAACAUAGAGGAAACUGAUAAGCAUUUGCCACGCCAACCCAAACUCAAGGAUAAGAAGGAAGCAUAA